GAACACCACACUUAUCGAAAUUUCGCACUGUCAUUUACAAAUUCUAAUCAGUGAGAUCUGCCGUCAUUUUUAGGAUUUUUACAGUUUACGUGGAUAUAUUUGCCUUGUUGUAACCAAGUCAAUCAUGUCUGGAGCAUUAUUUGGAAGUUCCGCUACCGGAGGUCGUCCAUCCAGUAAAAAUCUGGUGGAAUUUCGAGCUGGAAAAAUGGAACUGAAAGGAACGACUGUGACUCCCGACAAGAGAAAGGGUCUUGUCUUCCUUCACCAGCCCGACGAUACGCUCAUGCACUUUUGCUGGAAAGACCGCACAUCUGGCACAGUUGUGGACGAUUUGAUUAUAUUCCCUGAUGACUGUGAAUUCAAGCGUGUCCCACAAUGCACCACUGGAAGGGUUUACCUCCUGAAGUUCAAGUCUUCUGCUCGCAAAUUUUUCUUUUGGAUGCAGGAGCCAAAGACUGAUAAGGAUGAUGAAUUAUGUAAGAAGGUAAAUGAUGUGCUCAAUAAUCCACCUGCCCCUGGCUCCAGUGGUCUCGGAGGGGGACGGGGCACUGGUGGUCUGCCAGCCGACUUGGGUGGGCUUGGAUCAGCACUUGGUGAAGGAGGCUUGCAGUCAAUGUUAGGAAACAUGGAUCAGCAGCAGAUGAUGCAGCUCCUCAGUGGAGGAGGUCUAGGAGGACUCGGUCCUCUAGGUUUGCAGAGUAUGUUGGGAGGAGCUCGAUCCGGAGGUGGAUCUGAGUCAACACCAUCAAGAACCCAAUCCUCUGCUCGCCCUGCUACAUCAUCUAGCAGCAAUGUGACACCUGCUACUACUCAAAGCUCUACCCCAGCAGCUAGGCCAUCUACCACACCAGCCACUGCCCCGGCAUCUGCUCCUAGUGCUACCCCUGCUUCUACUACGUCCUCCGCUGCAGCAGCUGCUGCUCCGGCUUCAGGACAGCCUGCUAUUCAGCUGAGGGACUUGCAGAGUAUCCUCAGCUCCAUGAACCUGCCAGGAGAAGCAGCACCUGCACAACCAGCUGUUGACCUGAGUCAGUUGAUGACUUCAGAAGCCAUGACCCCAAUUCUAGCCAAUCAGGAGAUUCAACAGAAGCUUAUUCCAUUCUUGCCAGAGGGGGAAUCACUUCCAAAAGAUCCUGAGCAGCUUCGAGCCACUCUUCAGUCCCCCCAGUUUAAACAGGCAUUGGGUAUGUUUACAGCUGCGUUCCAGUCCGGUCAGUUAGGUCCUCUUAUGACUCAGUUUGGUCUCAGCUCGGAGGCAACAGAUGCUGCUAAUAAAGGAGAUAUUGAGGCUUUUAGCAAGGCUCUACAGGGUGGUUCAGACUCCAAGGGAGAGAAGAAAGAUGACGGAGGAAAGGACAAGAAGAAAGAUGGAGAUGACGACGUAAUGAAUGUUGAUUAGAAUCCAUGUGUCGUAGUCAUGUAAAACGGGCAUCAUUAAUGCAUUCACCCAAAAUAUAUGUAGUCAAAUUAUAGAAAGAAUAACCACCAGUAAUAAUAUUAAGGCAUGAACAUCUUUUCUUUUCUUUUUUUAUAAAGUACACCUUGUAAGAAUGUGGUCAAUGUUGAUUAGAAAGGUGAUGGAAUAAAGUCUAGUUUCUGAAGCAGUAACAUAAAG